CGCAGGUAGAAAUUCACUGGGAGCUCGAGCAGGGUGCAGAAAAAGCGCAAACUUCUAGAGAGGACCAUUGUGAACCUCUUUCACCAUGGGCAAGCUGACGGUCGAGGCUACUGGAAAGCCUGGUCUCCAGACUAACAUCGUGGUACCUGAGUCGGUGCCUGGGCAACCAACGGCUCGCCCCAGACGAUGCCCGAAGAAGUGCGGUACCAUCGCCCUGGUUACCGUCUGUGUGGUGCUGGUGGUGGCGCUGGUCAUCCUCGGGGUCAAGCUGGCCAAGAAACAUAAGAUGGCCGGGAAACAUGGCUGUAGGGACCGUGGAGAGGAAGGAAACAUGGGUGAUGACGACUGUGAAGAGAUGGAAGAUAUGGAUGAGAUGGGCGACGAGGGACCGCAAUCAGAUGAGCAAGACGGAGAUGGCGACGAUGGUUGCCGAUGA